AUGAAUAUCACUCAGCUGCCGGCGCAGCCACGCGUCUGCGUCAUCGGCGCUGGCGCUGCGGGCUUGACGACCCUCAAGCAGCUGCAGGACGCCGGGAUUACCCGGCUGGAAUGCUUUGAGAAGGAUAGCGAUAUCGGAGGCCUUUUUAAUUAUGGCGUGAACAAGACCGGCGUGUAUGACAAUGCGACCCUCACCAUCAGCAACUACUUCAUGGCCUUCUCCGACAUGCCGCCGAAGGGGCAUCGCUACCACUGGCACCACACGGAGUACAAGAGGUAUUUGGAGGAGUACGUGAGGCAGUUUGGCUUGUCAAGGUACAUUUCAUUCAGCACAGCUGUCGCCUCUGUUGAAGGCGCUCCAGGCCAGUGGCGUGUGACGACCCAAGACGCUUCUGGCCAGCUGGUGGACAGAGGCGUUUUUGAUGCUGUGGCUGUGUGCUCCGGCGCACAUCAAGCAGUCAACCAGCCCUCCUUUCCUGGAAUUGAUAGCUUCAAGGGACAGGUUGUUCACAGCAAUAGCUACAAGAACAACAAGCCCUUCGAGGGCAAGGACUGUGUGGUUGUGGGGCUCGGUGAGAGCGGCGCUGACCUGGUUCGCGAGAUCUCAGACGUGGCCACCUCCACCGUGCUGGCCUUGCGCAGCUAUCCCUAUUUGAUUCCACGGCUGGCUCGUCCGUUCCAUCAGAAUCCGCUGGGAUGCUCCUCCGACGCCUUCACGUCUCACCUUCGCCACGAUUUCCUGCUCGUCCCGAGGAGGCACUACAGGAGGUUGAAGCACUUCCUCAACCGCCUCAUGUGCACCUUGGCCGCAUUGCUCUUCUGGCUUUUUCCCUUCUUGGGAACAGGGGACCACCCCUACAAGGAAGACGCGUUCCAUCAAGCUGCUUCUGCCAACUACUUGGACAAGGAUACACCGUACUCCCAGCUGGUGGCAAGCCUCAUCUAUGCUUGGUGCAACCGCUCCGGCCAGCAAGAACUAGGACAGAAGUUUGCGUGCAAGAAUGUGAUGUUUCUGGAGAAUGUCGCACGGGGCAGGAUCAGCACGAACCCAACUGGUAUCGACUUCGUCGAUGCUGACAGCGUUGUGUUCCGCGAUGGCUCGCGAGUGAAGUGCGACUGUUUGGUCAUGUGCACGGGAUAUCGUGACGUGUUCCCCUUCUUCAAGGGCAACAUAGGCCAGAGCGACGCGCCGCUGUCAGUCCCUGACAACAACGUGCGCCGGCUCUUCAAACACAUCUUUCAUCCGCAGAUUGGGAAGACCAUGGCUUGGAUUGGCUUCGUCCGGCCAUCCACCGGUGGCAUCCCAGCUUGCGCGGAGAUGGCUGCAAGAUACUUCGCCUUGCUUUUGUCCGGGCAGCGCGAGCUGCCGGCGGAUGUUGCCAGGCGAACCAUCGAAGACUACGAGUUUGACAUGCGCUAUUUCUGUCUCUCCCCUGAGGUGAAGACACUUGUGGGCUACAAGGACUGGAUGGACUCCAUCGCGGAGCUGGUGGGAUGCGAUGUGCAACUGUGGAGGUACGUGCUUCGGCCGAAGCUUCUCGUGCGCCUUUGCGUCGGUUCUCUGCUCCCCUGCCAGUAUCGCCUGCGUGGUCCAGGGAGGCUGCCAGAUAUGGCCAGCUCUGUGCUGCUGUCCCUGCCGGUGGCCGCCACUCCUUGGCAGAGUGUCUCGGAGGCGGGGCAGACUUGGCUGCGCCACCUGGGGCUGAAGCGCAUGUGGCCUGGCGAUGAGUAG